CUGCGCCCUGGGGUUCUGCCUCUGCUGCUUUGCUCUUCGGGGAAGGAGAAGCCGCAGCUGGGCAUGGUUUGAAAAAGUGGGGGGGCCCGUCGGAGCCCCGAAGCAGCGGCGGCGCCGGCCACAAACUUCGGGGUCCCCCUCCGAUGCUGGGAUCUGAUGUUUGUAUGGAUUAAGUUACCCUGAACAACUGAAGAGAUAAGAAGCUUGGAGCCCCUCAACGUUAUGUCAGGUCUUCUUCCGUUAUAUUAGCGGUGGCUACCCUACAGAAGGAUGACCAUGAUGGGAGAUGCAAGUGAGAUGCUGGCCGCAGCUUUGGAACAGAUGGACGGCAUUAUUGCAGGGUCCAAAGCUCUGGAAUACUCCAAUGGCUUGUUUGAUUGCCAGUCCCCAACGUCUCCGUUCAUGGGAAGUUUGCGUGUUCUGCACCUGGUGGAAGAUCUCCGGGGUUUGUUGGAGAUGAUGGAAAUAGACGAGAAAGAAGGACUGAGGUGCCAGGUCCCCGAUUCGACAGCCGAGAUUUUGAUGGAAUGGCUGCAAAACCAAAUGAUUAAUGGACAUUUAUCUGCUAAUGGAGAUGUCUACCAGGAACGGCUGACCCGGCUGGAAAGCGAUAAGGAAUCCCUUGUCCUGCAAGUGAGCGUCCUCACUGACCAAGUGGAUGCUCAGGGAGAGAAAAUCAGGGAUCUGGAGUUGUGCCUGGAGGAAAACAGAGAGAAGCUGAAUUCGACAGAAGAAAUGCUACAGCAGGAGCUCCUAAGCAGAACAUCUCUUGAAACUCAGAAGUUGGAUCUCAUGGCCGAGGUCUCCAACCUGAAGCUGAAGCUGACUGCAGUGGAAAAGGACAGGAUGGAUUACGAAGACAGGUUCGGAGAUGCAGAUGAUUUGAUGCAGGAAGUUAAUGAUUUGCGGUUAAAAGUAGGAGAAAUGGACAGGGAAAGGCUUCAGUAUGAGAAAAAGCUGAAGUCUACCAAAUCUUUAAUGGCCAAACUUUCUAGCAUGAAAAUCAAAGUGAGCCAGAUGCAGUACGAGAAGCAACGGAUGGAGCAAAAAUGUCAAAUAUUGAAGGAAGAACUAUUGUCUUUAAAAGAGAAAUUAGAACAGAAGGAAUCGGAGAUAAAACGAUUGCAUGAGAAACUGGUCCUUCAAGUGAAAGAAGACAUUGACAUCAAUGACAAAGAUGACAAUUGUAAAAAGAAGCUGAAAGACAAAAAUGUUGAGGUUCAAAAGAUGAAGAAGGCUGUGGAAUCUCUACUGGCAGCAAAUGAAGAAAAGGAUCGGAAGAUUGAGGAGCUUCGCCAGUCCCUAAAUCGCUACAAGAAGGUGCAGGAUAUGGUCAUUUUGGCUCAAGGGAAGAAAGGCAAGGAUGAUGAAAGCGAGGAAUCUGGGAGUCCAGCAUCGGUUUCCUCCAUUUUGUUAGAACCGCAGAAUCUAAGCGAAGCUGAGAAAAGUCCCUCUUCUACUCCGCUUUCAAGUUCUCCAAACCAUGAAGCCUCGAGGACAACAGAUUCCGAAGAGAAUUCCAUCCAGCUCCACACCAGCGUCUUGCAAGUUUCCAUUCCUUCUUUUUCACAGUCGUCCAAACAUUCAGAAGAACAGACCGAAAGAGGAAACGUCCCAUCCAAAAUGGAAAUUGAAAGUGAAAGCAGCGAGAAAAACCCAGCGAUGGUUUCCAUAGAAACCCAGCUAAGUGAUACAAAAAUCAUGAAGCAUCUCCAAGCAAGCUGUAUAGCACCGGGGAUUUAUCGAAUUUUUUCAGCUCUACAAAAAUCUAGCAGUCUUGGAAACUUGAAGAAAGACGCCUCAGAGGAUAAAGAGUCCAGAGACAAGCUAGAAGAGAAUAAAUCACCAGUGGAGAAUAGCAAAUACGUAACCCUUCCUUGCAAGUCCCCGGGCGAAGAAGAUGGUUUCGGAUCUCGCAAAGCCAGGUCGUCCUUCGGCCGAGGUUUUUUCAAAAUCAAAAGUAACAAAAGGACAGCAAGCGCACCUAACUUGGACCGCAGUCGAAGUGCCAGUGAGCCCAUCUUAGCAGAGACUGAGAAAGAAUCCCCUGAUCACUUAGAUCUAGCUGGCUUUCCUCGUCCAUCCAAAGGUGCAGAAGGUGGACCUCUUACUCCGCCUUCUCCUGACUCCAAGAAGAAAGCGAGAGGGAUCAAGAAGCUGUUUGGCAGACUAAGAAGAAGCCAGUCCACCACAUUUAAUCCUGAUGAGAUGACGGAAACCGAGUUCAAAAGAGGAGGAACGAGAGCGACGGCUGGUCCAAGGCUUGGCUGGUCAAGAGACUUUGGGCAAUCGAAUAAUGAUCUGGACAUGCCGUUUGCUAAAUGGAGGAAAGAGCAAGUUUGCAGCUGGCUUCAGGACCAGGGCCUGGGUUUUUACAUCGGCAAUGGAAAACACUGGAUACUCUCCGGUCAGACUCUCUUGCAAGCAUCCCAGAGUGAUUUAGAAAAGGAACUUGGAAUAAAACAUCCGCUACAUCGGAAAAAGCUACAACUUGCACUUCAAGCUUUGGGGUCUGAAGAAGAAAACAAUUACGGGAAACUGGAUUACAAUUGGGUUACAAGAUGGCUGGACGACAUUGGGCUGCCCCAGUAUAAGACACAAUUCGACGAAGGCAAAGUGGAUGGGCGAAUGCUUCACUACAUGACCGUUGAUGACUUGUUGUCUUUGAAAGUUUUGAGUGUCCUUCACCACCUGAGCAUCAAACGAGCCAUUCAGGUCCUCCGAGUGAACAACUUUGAACCCAACUGUCUGCGCAGGAGACCAUCUGAUGAGAAUAACAUCACCCCGUCAGAAGUUUCUCAAUGGACCAAUCAUCGAGUAAUGGAAUGGUUGCGUUCUGUUGAUCUGGCUGAAUAUGCUCCUAAUUUAAGAGGAAGCGGAGUUCACGGUGGUUUAAUGGUUCUGGAACCUCGUUUCAACGUAGAGACUUUGGCGCAGCUGCUUAACAUCCCACCAAACAAGACGCUGCUGAGACGGCACUUGGCCACUCAUUUCAAUUUGCUGGUUGGAAGCGAAGCUCAACAGGAAAAACGCGAAGCCAUGGAAGCUCCCGAUUACGUCCUUCUCACAGCUACCGCCAAAGUGAAGCCAAAGAAACUCGCCUUCAGUAACUUUGGGAAUUUGAGGAAGAAAAAGCAAGACGACGGGGGAGAAGAGUACGUGUGCCCUAUGGAUUUGGGUCAGGCGGCAGGAACCGGAUCCAAGAAAGGCUUUAAACCGGGUUUAGAUAACAGAGUUUAUGACGAUGAUGAUCUGGACAGAUUGGAAGAGAUGGAAGAUUCCGAAGGGACCGUGAGGCAGAUUGGAGCGUUUUCUGAAGGCAUCAACAACUUGACUCACAUGUUGAAGGAAGACGACAUGUUCAGGGACUUGGCCACCCGUUCUCCCAGUGCCAGUAUCACAGACGAGGACUCGAACGUGUGACCGGGGCAGCCGGGGACCUAUUUGGAGCCCUGCUGCUGUGUGUGAUGGACACCGCACCUCGUGUGAAGUCAUUUUUUUUUUGUUUUUUGUUUCUGGUUUGCAAGAACUGAUGGCGGAGAGGGGAAUGAUCGUAAGAAGUCUAUCAUCCAAGUUCUGGUCAAUUGAUGAGACGGGAAGAAAGGACCUCCUAACCCCUUCCGCCCCCCACCCGCUCUGGCGUAGCAAUUUGUGCCAUUCCUCUAAAUAAGACUCUACAGCAUAAUGUUUUAGUGUGUACAAUGUGCCAUAAUGUACCCUUGUAAUUUUCUUUUUACUCCAGUAAUGCAAAAAAAAUAGAGGGGGUGGGGGGAAGAAAUAACCCUCUGCAGACCUCUGACACUAGCAUCCAUUGCCAAGAUAAAAAAAAUAAUUUUCCUCUUCUUCGAAUCAGCCACGUGUUGAAAUUCUUGUGCGACUUGUUUUUUUAAAUGCAGUUUUUAUGAAAAAAAAAUAUAUGUAUUGAGUACAUAAUGGGGCCGGAAGUUUUAUACUGUGACGUGUUUUAAAAGCCUCAAAACCCAGCUGGAUCCUGGAGAAACCAAUUCAUCUUGCAAACUGCUUGCACGGAACUCCAAUUCUCUUAUCUUGCAGGAAGGAAUUUUUUUCUCUGACAUUGAGAACGGAAUCUCUUGAAAAUUUCUCUGGACCUGCAGUGUUGAAAAUUGUCCCCAUUUCCCUUUUAUAAAAUAACAAUUUUUUAUAACAUUUUAAAGUUUAGUGUGUUGCAAUUGAAAAUCUGGAGGCCAGAUUUUUUUUUUUUCCUGGAUUGCAAAUUCUUUUUUUUUUUACCUUUUAAUGACGAGGAAUUUUAGUCAAUCCACGUUAUUUUACAGUAUUAAAUUCAAAUACGAAAUCUUGCCUUUGAACGACCGUUUACGAUAACCUAUUGAAUGUUUAUACAUGUUAAAGAUAAAGCAUGUCUUUUUUACUGUCGUUUUUUUUUUUAAAUGAUCAGACUUUACUCAGUAAUAGAGGUGGAAGGGACCUUGGAGGUCAUCUAGUCCAGCCCCCUGUACUAGGGAUUCGAACCGCUGAACUUUGUAUAAAUAUACAAAAGGAUGAAGGCUAUUGCUGAGCACAUUGUAAGCCGCCCUGAGUCUUCGGAGAAGGGCGGCAUAUAAAUCAAAUUUAAAAAAAAAAAAAAAAAACUGCCAACCUUUCUGAUCAACAAUUCGGAUUGAAAAAUCUUGGCCAGGCCCCCCCCUUCUCUCCCUCUCUUUUCCUGUUUCAAUAUCACUUUCGAAUGUUUUAAUUUUAAUUUCCCCUUUUUUUCUGCCUGAAGCGAUGGGGAAUGCAAAGAUUUGGAAUUUACUGUCUGGAUUAUCAGGUGGUGCUGUAGAGAUAGUGUGGACCUCAACAUUGGAAUCGCUGAUCCAAAGAUUUUUUUUUUAUUUUUUUUUUGCAAGAAUAGCUAGAUAAGUUUUGGGCAUAUUAGCGGUUAUUGGUGGAUCCCUUCCAUUGAAUCUCAUCGGUUCUUGGGAUUGUAGCAUUUUUGAUUGGAUAAAGACUUUCAACUUUCAUUUUACCUUGUUUCCUGAAAGGUUAAUUUUUCGACAGUUAGUUGCCUUUCCUUUUCUGCUUCGGAUGAGCUUCGGUUUCAUUUGGAAAUAUGUCACCUUGGAUGGAAAUUGAACUCUUUGCCAAUUGGUGCUAAUCUAAGAAUUUCUGCUACAUUUAUUUAGAGUUGGACCCAUGAUUAAAAAUUCAUGGUGCUGUUGCUCUAUAAAAUUAUCGGGUUUCGCCUUUUUAAAGCCUCGAAAAGCUUCCUCAAUACGGUGUAACGCAGCAAGGAUUCCCCUUAAUAAUUUUCUAAAUUGAUUCACAACUGUUUUUUCACUGAGUUCCUGAGCUUGUUCGAAUGAAAGGCAGACAACAUUUGUAAAUAAAGGUAAUUUAUGAAUUGAGAAGUUCACUUCUUUAGUUAAAAGCAAUAGGCUUCCCCUACCAGCAGCCCAUUCAGGUUACUUGGUAAAAUUCAACUAAUACAAAAUUGUAUCUUCUGCUCCCUGAAAAACAGAUUUUGCACUAUUUGGAUAAAAUAUACCCAGAAAAAUCAAGCUCAGAUGCAAAAAAUCACGUUAAAUCCAAAGAAUCAAAUCGCAAUGCAACCAUUAAAAAAAAAAAAAAGCUGUUAUGCAUUAUGAAGAGAAUCAAGAUAUAUUAAUUUUUUUACUUAUGAUGAAUAUGGCUGUCUUUUUUUUUUCUGGUUAGGAAAAUAGUUAUUAUUAUUACUACGGGUCUGGGGAGAGUAAUAUAAGGCUCUUAAUUAAGCCAAGGGGUUUAUAUAAAUGCACACAAAAUGAAAUAUCAUUAUGGUAUUUUGUUGGGAUGUUUUGUGUACAACGAGGUCAGUGGAAAUAUAUGUAUUGCUGUGUUAAAGAAAUAAAAACCUACUGAGAAAUAAAA